AUGAAAUUAUUAUUAUUUUUUAAAUUAGUGCUGUGCUUUGGAUCGUGGAAUUUCGUCAAGGGGCUUACAUCAGAAGAGGCCGCAGAGGUCACAGAAACAUGUUGCAAGCAUGGAGAAACAUUAGCACUAACAUCUUCUAGUGCUGGCUGCGCAGGAGUUACACUUCCAGAUGAAAUUGAACCAGAGCAAAAUGAAACUUGCAUUAUAGCUUUGCAAAGUUGUUGUAAAGAGCAAUUGAAAUUAAAAGAUGAAUGCUCAGCUGGUAUGAAGUUGGCAAUCUCGAAACAAUGUCUGGCUCCAAAAAGUGAAAUUGGGAAGUCUUGCUGUGAUGAAUGUUCAUUUGGGCGGUUAGCUGGAGGAUCCCAAGGCAAAUCUGGCUGUGGAGAACUACCUGAAGACUUCUUCAGUCCCACAAGUGCAUUAAGAAAAAAGGCAUACUACCAAUGCUGCAUGGAGGCUGCGGAGGAGAUGGAAACGACAACAGAGAAAAAAGAGACGACGACUGAAAAGCCAAAAGAGAAAUCGACAGAAAAGCCAAAAGAAAAAUGUAAGGCUAACUCUUGUGAGCAUACAUGUUCGGAUGACACUGGUAAAGUGCAAUGUCAGUGCCGUGAAGGGUAUAGGCUUCAGCCUGAUAAAAAGUCCUGUAAAGAUAUAAAUGAAUGCGCAGAGGCUAUUGACGAUCUUUGUACUGCUGCAGAUACAGUAUGCCAUAAUACAGAAGGCUCAUUUAAAUGUGUCCCGUUAAAGAAGAGAGACGUUGGCUUAAGUUGCCCUCCUGGAUUUAAACGAAAUGUUAUUAAUCAAGUGUGUGAUGAUAUCAAUGAAUGUCGCCUACCAAAACCUCCUUGUCCUAAGUAUCUAUGUGAGAAUACGAUAGGUGGGUACAAGUGUGGUGGAAAACCUGGAAAACCAUUUACUGAAGAUGGACCAGAAAUGACUUCUGAAUCAGCUGUAACUACACCGAAACCGAAAAAUGAUAUCUGUCCACCAGGCUUCCGAGCUGGGCCAGAUGAUGAAUGCCUGGAUAUCGACGAAUGUGAUGAAAGGGUAGAUGAUUGCCAGCGUCUUUCCCAAUACUGCAUAAAUUCCCACGGCAGUUAUUUCUGCCAGGAUCAUGUGUCUAAACGUUGUGCACCUGGAUUCAAGGUCAAUACAAAAACCGGCGUCUGUGAAGAUAUCGAUGAAUGUGAAGAAAGUACAGAAGUUUGCAAACGAAGCGAGGUGUGCAUAAAUCUUCCCGGAGCUUAUAAUUGCAAAUCUAAGAUCAGCACUUUACCCAAGUUGGCAACUAAAACGUGCCAAGAAGGAACCAGAGUUCGUCCAGGAGGAACAAUCUGUGAAGACAUAGACGAAUGUCGCGAAGGAAGUCAUCUUUGCGACCAGUUCCAAAAUUGUAUCAAUACUUUCGGAGGUCACGAGUGUCGUUGUAAGAACGGAUUUGAGUUAGACUCAACGACUGGUUCCUGCGUAGAUAUUGACGAAUGCGCGUUGAAGCUUGAUAAUUGUGUGGGCGGUCUUAAGUGCCUAAACGUCUUAGGUUCAUUUACCUGCACUCGUUACAAAUCGAUUAGCACUACUGUUGCACCUCCGCCUGUCUAUGAAUACGAAUACUAUGAUUUCGAAGAAGAAACUGAAACAGAACGAGAAACAGUUCCAACCUUACCACCAACCACUACAUCUACAACAACAUCAACAACCACCACAACAACACCACGACCUACUACGACUAGCACAACGACUACUACCAGUACUACUACACCACGACCGACGACCACCAGCUCAACUACCACCACCACCACUACCACCACACCAAAACCAUAUCUCCCUAGAAGAUAUCCCAAUUAUCCUAGACCAGCUUACCGUCCUAGAACAACAACAUCUACCACAUCUACCACAGAACCACCAAGAAGACGAUUCGACUAUCCCAACUAUCCUAGAAGACCAGAAAACCCAUUUACACCAACAGAAGUAACAGUAACCGACCCUCGAGAGCCUUUUGUAAUUGAGGCUGAAAGACGAUUUGAUGGUAGUUAUGGAAUUAAUACAAGUGACAUUCCAAAGGAAACUUGGAGUGUCGUGAGUGGGAAAGAUAAACCUGAAGAUGAUUUUGAUCCAAACGAACUUCAUUGUUUGGACGGAUAUGAAAGAAACGACCGAGGCUAUUGCGUUGAUAUCGAUGAAUGCAAAAUCAACAGCGCCGCCUGCGAUGUAUCAGAAGUGUGUGUUAAUAGUCCGGGAAUAUUUGAAUGUACUUGUAAGCCAGGCUAUGUAAGAAACAGUGCAGAUAAAUGCGUGUUACCAACACCACCGACCACUCGAAGGACUACAACUACAGAAAGAACACCGCGUGUGAUCGAGGUGACCACAGUGGCAUCAACAACACCAAAAUGGUCGUAUUCACCGUAUAGUCCUAACCGAUAUACUCCUCCGAAAAAUUGCGAGUUGGGUUACAUUUACAGCCCGGGUCAAAGGAAAUGUGUUGACAUUGAUGAAUGCGCAACAAGAAGAGCAAGUUGCGCGCCGGAAGAGGACUGCGUUAACACAGAGGGUGGCUACAACUGCGUGUGCGGCGUGCGCUGUCGGGCCAACUCUGCUACACCCACAUAUUCCCACCGGGACACUCCACCAUCGUAUUCUCCAGACUCUACCGUCAUAACGGUAGGAGCACAGUACGGUCAAAGACGCACUCGCUAUGUGAGACCUACCUAUACCAGGUUACAUGACACCGGGGCUGUUGUUACAACUUGCCCAUGGGGAUACAAACUUACUACAGAUAGAAUUUGUCUAGAUAUUGACGAAUGUGAGCGGAAUGUGUCAGAGUGCGGCCCUCAACAACGAUGUGAGAACUUCUACGGUGGAUAUUCAUGUCAAUGCCCGCCUGGACACAGGAACAUUGGGAAGCUCUGUGAAGAUAUAGAUGAGUGCAGUUAUGGCAAUACAUGUUCAUAUAACGCGCGUUGCGUGAAUACAGUGGGGUCCUAUAAAUGUGAAUGUUCUGAGGGUUUCCAAAAUGCGCCAUCUAACGACAAGGUGUGUGUCGACGUGGACGAGUGUUCCGAGUCUCCGUCAAUCUGUGAGCAUGGGUGCGCUAACGCGUGGGGCGGCUACCGGUGCUACUGUAACAGAGGAUAUAGGCUAAAUAAUGAUAAUAGGACUUGUGUAGACAUAGACGAAUGUGAGGAGUGGUCCCGAGCGCGGUCCCGCGGUCGGCUCUGUGCUGGCAACUGUGUCAACGUACCUGGCUCGUACCGCUGCGCGUGUCCAGCCGGCUAUCGGCUCAGUGAGGAUAAAAGAACUUGCAUAGAUAUCGACGAAUGUGAGUCUGGUGAAGCUCGAUGCGGGCGCGGAGAAGGCGAAGUAUGCCAGAACACUCACGGCAGCUAUCACUGCCACCACAUCGACUGUCCACCUGGAUACCAUCUCGAAGGAAAACACAAAUGUACGCGAACUGAGCGCAUGUGCCCGCACUCCGACUGGUCGUGUCUCCAUCAGCCUAGUCAUUACACCUAUAAUUUCAUUACCUUUGUCGCCAAUCUCUUUCUUCCUAUGGGCAGUGUGGAUUUAUUCUCAAUGCAAGGCCCAGCCUGGGUGGACUCUGUGGUACAAUUCGAAAUGCGUCUUGUGAAUGUAAAAGCUUCACCUGGUGUAAUGCCAGCUGGCAUUAGUUGCUUUGGUAUGCGACCAACAGCCAACGUGUGUGUUAUAUUCCUACAAUGUUCUCUCGAAGGACCUCAAGUGGCUGAACUAGAACUAACGAUGUCUUUAUACCAGCGGGGGCAGUUCGCCGGCAGUGCCGUGGCCAGGCUAGUCGUUAUAGUUUCUGAAUAUGAAUUU